ACGUGAUUUGCUUUAAUCCAUUUACUUGGAAAUACAAGGCGUUCUCAGUCGACCAGGAUGUAGAUGAAGAGAGAACAGCUUAAUUUAUUAGUUCAGUCUAUAAAUUUAUUGCUAACAAUACGAACUUUGUGAUACAGUUGAAAAAUGGCGGAACCUCUGGAUCCAGGUGACCUGCCAAACCACGUGAGGAUUUUAACGAAAAACAGCAUAACUCUACGAACUGCACUUGCGGAUGGAAUUGAAGGCGUGGCACGGAAUUUAAAAGGACGUUUUGUUCUUAGUGAUGAUCAAUUGAAGAAUAUAUUACAAAUAGCCAAGACAGAACCAGCGAACGGUGUAUCCGAAUUAAUAGACAUAAUAAAGGGCAGCCCGAAAUAUUUUGAUGAAUUUAUCCAAUGUUUAAAUGAAAAAGGUUAUACAGGAUUGGUUAAGAAGCUUCAAGAUUACAAGAAAGAUGGCAGUGAUUCUAAAAUUAAUAGAUUGAAGACACAUCCAAACAUAGAACAUCCGAGUGGAAUUCUUCAACCGGAACAAAUCAAAGAUUCACUCAAUCUGUUUGAUUACAUGAAAGAUGGCGGUGAUUUUAAAAUUAAUAGAUUGAAGACACAUUCAAACAUAGAAUAUCUGAGUGAAAUUCUUCAAGAGGAACAAAUCACAGAUUUAGUCAAUCGGUUGGGUGAGAAGAAUAGAGAUAGUCCAGAACUGAGGAUUCUGAAAGACAACACCAUUGCCAGCCUUACUGAGGUGAAUGAAAAGGAGUAUGUGAAGACCCGAGCGUAUGCUAAAGGUUUGGAGAUACUGAAGGAACUGAAAGUCUUGGGUAUAAUAGGAGCGGCUGGCGAUGGUAAAAGCACGCUUUCGAAGAUGAUCGCCAAAGAAUUUAUUGCAAAGAACCAACAGUAUACACCAUUGCUGAUAUAUGAGCCAAGUGAUUUAAAUAAAGUUAACUUUGAGGAUGAUAAGUAUUUGUUAAUCUUAGAUGACAUCUAUGGUAAAUAUAAUACAUUGAAGGAUCGUAAGGAUCAAUGGCCUAAACAUUUUGAAAAUUUUCGAAUUAGAAAAGAAAGGGGUCAGCUAGUUUUUAUUUACAUUAUGAGGGAUUAUAUUUAUAAGUCUUCUAAGUGUCAUUUAGAUAAGUACGAAAUAUUUUCUACCCAAACAGAACUUGAACUUCAUUCCGGUGAAUUUUCCUUAAACUAUGAUGAAAAAGAAGAAAUACUGCAAUUUUAUAAAGUACACGAGGAUAAAAUUAUCAGUAUUUUAAAAACCGACGAAUACUUUGGUUUUCCGGCUAUCGCCUCUUCUGUCAGGAAAGGUUUAACGUGUGGUCAGUUACCGACGGAUUUCAAAUCUUCCCAUGAUUUCAUGUUGCAAGAGUUAAAAAUUUUUUGGGAUGUAAAUAAAGACGUAUACACAGCAUUAAGUAUGGUAUUCUGUUUACAUAAUGUGCCGAUGAGAGACCUAGAACGUCCCAAUGAUAAAGUAAAGGAAGUUAUUAAGGCAAUCGAGAAAGAAAUUUACAGAAAGUUUGAAUUAUGUAAAGCUCGCGAUAAAGUCGAGGACCUUUCAGAAACGUUUAUUCGCUUUUUUGAAAAUAAUUAUAUGAAAAUGAUUUCAUUGCGGGAUUUUGUUGAGGUGCCGUUCUUAACUCAUUUUACAAAAAAUUUCAUUAAAAUGGCUUUAGAAUAUUGUCCCUUUGAACUGUUGAUGACAGUUGUAAGUACAAAACCAGCAGAUCAGUGCAUUGUCAUCAACAAUUAUGACGAACUGACCUUUCGUUUUAUUAGGGAACUGCAGGUUAAAAACGAUGUUAUUUUGACCCAUUCUGCGUUUCUUGAUAGCAGUUUCUUAACAAAGUUUCUUAAGAGUAAUGAUGUAGACGAUUUUUUGCGUCACAUUAACCACCUCAGUUUAGGUGAAAUAAACGCUAUACAAGAAUCGGGAUAUUUUUUGCAUUAUAUUUCCCUUUACGGUGACAUCGACUGCCUUAAAAUAAUUCUCUUAUAUUUUCAAGACAAUUUACCUAAACUGGUUGACAAGAAAACCAAAUUUGGGUGGGAUGUGAUCAGUCUAGGUGCUAUUUCAAAAAUUAAACCUAUUGAAAAACUUGAUCUCUUAUUGAAAGCCCUAAAAUAUGAUGACCUAGUAACAUUGCCACACUUUGUUGUAUAUUCUAGUGACUUAAGUGUUAUUGAACAUGUUGAUACUAAACAUACAAACUUUGAUAUAAAAUCACUAGAUAACAAGUCAAGAACGAUUCUUCAUAACGCUUGUGAUUCUAUCCACGAUGUUAGCGAUAUAAUUAAUUUUCUCGUAGAAAAGGGGUUUGAUUUAAAUGCUAAAGACAAAGAUGGUUGCACACCACUUCAGCUGGCCGCAGGCAGGGGAAAAACAGCAACUGUAUCAAUCUUAAUAGAAAAUGGUGCCUCUGUGGUUGAACGAGAUAACAUGGGGAGAUUACCCAGCCAUGCAGCUUGUGCUGCUCAAGGUAGAAGGAAUGAUAUCGAUUCCAGUGAUGUUCUUCGUCAGUUAAUAAAAGCUGGAUGUCCUGAUAAUGAUCCCGAUAAAGAGGGGCGAACUCCAUUCUUAGAAGCGCUUGUAGUUGUAAAUACUAAAUGCCUCCAAUAUUUAAUUAAAAAUUUAACUCAUUUAGAUAUACAAGACAAACUAAGACAGCCAUUUAUGACUGAAGCGACUAUGUUAAAUGAUAUUAAAACGUUCAAGGAAGUCUUUGAUAUUUUAAUUACAGACAAAAGCUACAUCGAACUUAUUGAUGUAAAUGUAUUAAAAGAAUGUGUUGAUUCAGUUGAAAAAAUCAAAUAUUUGUUUAAGAAAGGUGCUAAUUUUGAAGUUGUCGAUGAUCAAAAGCGUACCGUACUACACCACGCUUGUCGACGUGGAACCAUUGAAACCGUUAAGUAUUUGGUUAAUAACACGAAGUUAGAUGUUAACCAGAAAGACAAUAAUGGUUUGACACCAGCUGUGUUUUGUUGUUGUUCUGAGAUUAACUCUUUUGAUAAACUGAUGAUAUUAUCAUCAAAUGGUGGUGAGUUGGAUACAGUAGAUAAUUCUAACCGCAGUUUACUAUACCCUGCUUGUCAACAAGGUACCAGUGAAACCGUUAAGUAUUUGGUUAAUGACGUGAAGUUAAAUGUUAACCAGAAAGACAAUGAUGGUUGGACACCAGCAGUGUUUUGUUGUCACUCUAAGAUUAACCCUGUUGAUAAACUGAUGAUAUUAUCGUCAAAUGUUGGUGAGUUGGAUACAGUAGAUAAUUCUAACCGCAGUUUACUACACCAUGCUUGUCAACAUGGUACCAGUGAAACCGUUAAGUAUUUGGUUAAUAACAUGAAGUUAGAUGUUAACCAGAAAGACAAUAAUGGUUAUACACCAGCUGUGUUUUGUUGUUGUUCUAAGAUUAACCCUGUUGAUAAACUGAUGUUAUUAUCGUCAAAUGGUGGUGAGUUGGAUACAGUAGUUAACUCUAACCGUAGUUUACUACACCUUGCUUGUUUAGGUGGUACCAGUGAAAUCGUUAAGUAUUUGGUUAAUGACGUGAAGUUAAAUGUUAACCAGAAAGACAAUGAUGGUUGGACACCAGCAUUUUUUUGUUGUUGGUCUGAGAUUAACCCUGUUGAUAAACUGAUGAUAUUAUUGUCAAAUGGUGGUGAGUUGGAUACAGUAGAUAACUCUAACCGUAGUUUACUCCAGCGUGCUUGUCAACGUGGUACCACUGAAACCGUUAAGUAUUUGGUUAAUGACGUGAAGUUAAAUGUUAACCAGAAAGACAAUGAUGGUUGGACACCAGCAUUUUUUUGUUGUUGGUCUGAGAUUAACCCUGUUGAUAAACUGAUGAUAUUAUUGUCAAAUGGUGGUGAGUUGGAUACAGUAGAUAACUCUAACCGUAGUUUACUCCAGCGUGCUUGUCAACGUGGUACCACUGAAACCGUUAAGUAUUUGGUUAAUGACGUGAAGUUAAAUGUUAACCAGAAAGACAAUAAUGGUGGGACACCAGCAUUUUUUUGUUGUUGGUCUGAGAUUAACCCUGUUGAUAAACUGAUGAUAUUAUUGUCAAAUGGUGGUGAGUUGGAUACAGUAGACAAUUCUAACCGCAGUUUACUACACCAUGCUUGUCAACAUGGUACCAGUGAAACCGUUAAGUAUUUGGUUAAUGAAGUAAACUUAGACAUUAAUCACAAAAACAAUAAUGGUUGGACGCCAGCAUUUUUUGGUUGUUGUUCUAAGAUUAACCCUGUUGAUAAACUGAUGAUAUUAUCGUCAAAUGGUGGUGACUUGUAUACAGUAGAUAACUCUAACUUCAGUUUACUACACCAUGCUUGUUUAUUUGGUACCAGUGAAACCGUUAAGUAUUUGGUUAAUGAAGUAAACUUAGACAUUAAUCACAAAAACAAUAAUGGUUGGACGCCAGCAUUUUUUGGUUGUUGUUCUAAGAUUAACCCUGUUGAUAAACUGAUGAUAUUAUCGUCAAAUGGUGGUGACUUGUAUACAGUAGAUAACUCUAACGGCAGUUUACUACACCAUGUUUGUUUAGGUGGUACCAGUGAAACCGUUAAGUAUUUGGUUAAUGAAGUAAACUUAGACAUUAAUCACAAAGUCAAUAAUGGUUGUACACCAGCUGUGUUUUGUUGUCGGUCUAAGAUUAACCCUGUUGAUAAACUGAUGAUAUUAUCGUCAAAUGGAGGUGAGUUGGAUACAGUAGAUAACUUAAACUGUAGUUUACUACACCAUGCUUGUUUAGGUGGUACCACUGAAACUGUUAAGUAUUUGGUUAAUGAAGUAAACUUAGACAUUAAUCACAAAAACAAUAAUGGUUUUUCACCAGCAGUGUUUUGUUGUUUGUCUAAGAUUAACCCUGUUGAUAAACUGAUGUUAUUAUCGUCAAAUGGUGGUGAGUUGGAUACAGUAGAUAACUCUAACCGCAGUUUACUCCACCAUGCUUGUGUUCUAGGUACCACUGAAACCGUUAAGUAUUUGGUAAAUGAAGUAAAAUUAGAUAUACACCAUAUAGAUAACGGCAAUGUUACUCCAUUAUUAUGUUGUUUCUCAUCACAGAUUCAACAGAUGGAAAAGAUUUUAUUCCUGAUAUCAAAAGGUGCUAAGAUCACUAUUUGUCGACCAUAUAAAGAUGUCCUGAAGGACGAGGAUGACUAUGAUAAAUGUAAUUAUCUAUUACAUCAUAGCUGUUAUCUAGGUACAUUAGAAACAGUGAAAUAUUUAGUCAAUGAUGCUGGAUAUGAUGUAAAUUAUACUGACGAUGACAAUAUGACAGCUCUACUCUGGUGUUAUAAAACAAAGAUUCAACAGCCUGAAAAGAUCAAUUUCCUCUUAUCUAAAGGUGCAAAGAAAGUUUGGCCAUAUUAAUAUGUCCCUCAAACAUAUCCCCGGUUGUACGUGACACUGCGUAGGGUCGUCUGUCCAACCUCGUGGGUUUUCUCCCACUGAUAAAUACCUCUAUGCGCACUCGAAUUAUUGAAAUAAAAUUGAACCAUAUGUUAGUCCCAAAAUGACCUAGUUUGUGUCGUGUGGAUGUUAAACACCAUGAAGUGUACGUGUUGUUAGGUCAUUAUUAAAUUAGAUAAAAUCACCAGAAUGUUUAUUACGUGACUCAAGAGCAAUGCCAUGUUUUCUUGUCAAAUAAUGGAGUCGUGGAACAUAAUCCAGUACUUAUUAUAAAUAUGUAAAUUUAUAUCUAACGAGGUUGAUACUUGAGAACAUGUUAAUAUUUAUAUCUAACGAGGUUGAUACUCGAGAAUAUGUUAAUAUUUAUAUCUAACCUGGUUGAUACUCGAGAAUAUGUUAAUAUUUAUAUCUAACCUGGUUGAUACUCGAGAAUAUGUUAAUAUUUAUAUGAUACUCGAGAAUAUGUUCCUACUCGAGAAUAUUUGAAUUAUAUCUAACGAGGUCUAAUGAAGACGCGUCAAAAAUAACAAAGUUUUCAGUUAUUUCAGUUUCACUCAUAAUGUUUACCUGAUCCAUACGAAAAGGUUCAAUGUCACUAUCUCAAAAGAUACUUUUAACAAUUGCAUGGUAUAGCUCCGUAUUACUUCAUAUUUACAAAUAGUUUUAGACUCAACAAAAUUCAAAAAGCCGAAAAUUAAAUGAUGAAUUUACUCUUUCGCGUUAUUGCACUGGAACAGAACUAAACAAUUUGUCCGUUUGCAUAUGUAAAAGAAUGUAUUACUAUAUAUACUCCAAUAUGCCAAUAACUUGUUUUCAAAAAUAAUACGAGCUUGAUCCAUAAAUAAUAAUCCUUAAUCUGCGCAUUUAGAAGAUUUGAAAGCAAUAUUUUCCGAUUGUUUUUAUAUUUUAAAUGUAAAUUUCAAUUCUUAGUUGACCCUUUUCCCGUCAAAAUCAUAAUAUGUAAUAUAUAAUAAGGUCUAAUACACAUCAUAAUAUGUAAUAUAUAAUAAGGUAUAAUUCAAAUCAUAAUCUGUAAUAUAUAAUAAGGUCUAAUUCAAAUCAUAAUAUGUAAUAUAUAAUAAGGUCUAAUACACAUCAUAAUAUGUAAUAUAUAAUAAGGUAUAAUUCAAAUCAUAAUAUGUAAUAUAUAAUAAGUAUAAUACACAUUUAACCCACCUGAGUAUUAAAUAUAAACAUGAAUAUUAGACUGGUCGUUAUGAUUUUUACUGUAUUUGUUUACAAGAUAAAGAUAGUGGUAUAAAAUCAAUAAAAACAAAUGUAAACAUAAUUUAGAACUGAGCGAUUUGAAAAAUGAUUGUGAUUGAUCCAAAAAUGAUUAUUAUAUUUAAACCAGGUAUACAUCAGUUAGAUCUGAAUGAUCUGAAUAAUGAUUAUAUUUACCUAUAUAUCAUCAAUAUAUUUAAUCUUAUUACAUGUAUAUUUAGGAUUUAAAUAUCAUUUGUAAUAUUUUUGUAUUUACCUAUAUAUCAUUUGUAAUGUUUUUGUAUCAUCGUGUAACUAUGGUUCAUGAUUUUAAUCAUCUGUCUGUUGACAAUAAGAAACGUGUAUUGUUAAUUUUAUUAUACCUUUCGCCAACGUUUUGCCUGGUUCACUACACAAUUUUUUUAGGUAGGCUUUAGUCUUGACUUUAUAAUUACUGGUUUGGUACUCUAUCUUUUAAACACGGUGUCUUGUCAGUAGAAGACAGAUUAUUGUUGUCAAAAAUGUGUGGUUUGGGGUACCACAAGGACCGGUUGGCCCAACCCUGUCCACUAUGUAAACAGCACCAAUAGUUAGAAAUGAAAUGAAAUGGGGUUUAACGUGACACACAAUUGUAUAUUGCCUUUAAUAAACCAUCUAAAUCUGUUAAUUUCCAUGACAGUAAAUAGUUACACUUGUAGAAUAUAUUAAUGAAAUGAAAUUAAAAUUUGGAUGUCAAAUAAUUCCUUACGUUUAAAUAUACAUAUGUUAACUAUUAUUUAUCACAUAGUUUUACGAAUUUAUUAUUUAGUUACAAUAUAUGUUAAUAAUGUUACUCUGUCAAUACAUCUGCCAUAUUAAAAGUAAACACGCCUUCAAGGAACCGAUGAAGUGAAUACGAUAGCUGUUAUUUCUUGGUAUAUAGAAAAACCUUGUCUUAUCACAUUCCAAACCUUUGGAAUAAACCCCCUCUUGCUAUUAGAAACAGCGGUGUCUCGGUUGAAUAAACCCCCUCUUGCUAUCAGAAACAGGGGUGUCUCGGUUGAAUAAACCUUGCUAUCAGAAGCAGUGGUGCCUCGGUUGAAUAAAUCCUCUCUUGCUAUCAGAAGCAGUGGUACCUCGGUUGAAUAAACCCUCUCUUGCUAUCAGAAACAGCUGUGUCUGGGUUGAAUAAACCCCCUCUUGCUAUAAGAAACAGUGGAGCCUCAGUUGAAUAAACCCCCCUUGCUAUGCUAACUUGUUUUUUUUAUGUUGAUAGUUCUUAUUAUACGGUUAUAUUACAAAUCUUAUGGAAGCUUUACAAGUUAAAUAGAUAUUAAUAUAUUUGAUUUUAUUGUACAAGUUAUAUAGAUAUAUUUAUAUAUUAUAUUUUAUUGAUGUCAUAUCCUAUUGUAACUAAAGGGUGAUAUCGUAGACAAGCUAAAGGUCUUGUAGAGGGAAGGUAUAUAUUUAAUAUUUUAUUGUAAGUUAUUUAUAUAUUGUAUUGACGUCAUAUCCUGUGAACGCUUGAGAGACGGAUGUGCUAUGUAUAUAUGUCGUUAUGAUAAAUAAAUCAGGAACAAGGCAUGUUGUAUUCUUAAUGCCAACUAAUUACCCAUAAUAGUCUGUGUUCUUAUAUAACAAUCUCUUUUAAUCAAUUUAAAUUUAUAUAAAAACAGAAAGGUGUCAAGAUUAAUUACUGUACCUGCGCAGUGAUUUCACCUGUAAGAAUUAGAAUACCUAGAAACAGAAUUGGAUUUAAUAUGUCAACACAAGAGUAGAAAUGUAGAUUCAUUAUAUAGAUUAAUAUUUAUUUAAACUAUUAUUUAUAGACAUUGGAAAUGGGGAUUUAAAAUGUCAACACAAGAGUAGAAAUUUACAUUCUUUAGAUUAAUACUUAUUUAAAUGUUUAUUUAUAGACGUGGAAAAUAGAAAUCCAGUUGACUGGGGUUUAUUUAAAUUGCUUUAACUAGAAAAUGAUCAAUUAAUUAUUGUUGUUUAAUGCAGCGUUUGCAGCCGGUAGCUUGUGAUUAAAUGUUUUACAUCUUGGAUGGAAAUUUAAAAAUUCAAUCUUUAAAUAAAUGAAAUGAAAUGAAAUGAAAUGGGGUUUAGCGUCCUACUGUUCUGCUCCUAACCCGGGCUAAUGAAGACGGGCAUACGCCAUACAGUGUGCUAUGAGGGAAAUUUUGCCGGGGCAGCGGCGCUACGGCCUACUCUUGUAUCGAAUUCCAACUGCCAAGGGAUCUUUUACGUGCACGUCAAUGUGUACACGAGACCUCGGUUUUUCGUCCCGUCCGAACGACUAGACAGCUGUCCUUGUCAGGCCCUCCGUCCUGUAUCACUGACAAGGGGAAACCACCAAUCUUUAAAUAAAUAAAAUGUUUUUAAUCUGUUGUUUUGUAUUUAUAACUACUAAUACAAUAAUUCGGUUCUCUGA